UUGGGAUUCAGCCCCGUGUUACUGUAUUCCGGAAGCGGUAUGGUGGCACGGCCAGCUCUGGAGCUAAUGGGCACUGAAAAAAAUAAUAAGACAAAAAUCCAGAUUUGACGUUGUGUCGAAAUCCGCAUGAAUGUUUUUGUAGGCUGUCUGCAAUGAAAGAGUCAUGAAUGAAGGCACCCGGGAAUUCACGAGAUGCUGUCAGUGAGCUAAAGAAGCACUCACAGCGUGAAAAUGUCGUUUUUUAGGCGGAAAGCUAAAGGAAAGGAAGCAGAGAAAGCGGUCGAUCCAAAAGCAGGCAGAGCAGGCUCUGCGGUGUUGCCCAACUCCCCCGCAAGGAACCACCAUGCCAUCCUGGAGGCAGCCGGGCCGAGCCAUGUGGCCAUCAGCGCCAUCUCGGCCAACAUGGACUCGUUCGCGCGUGGCCGCACGGCCAUCCUCAAAAAGCAGCCCAGUCACAUGGAGGCAGCCCACUUCGGAGACCUGGGUUGCUCCAGCGUGAACUUUCAGACCCAGGAGACACGUUCACGCCUCUCCAAGACGGUGGAGCAGGUGCUCCGGGACUCUGUGGCGCUGCCCUACUAUCUGCACUUCUUGGUGACGCGCUCCGCCGAGCAUCUGGCCCGUUUCUGGCUGGAGGCCGAGAGCUUCCGCUCCACCAGCUGGUCACGCGUGCGCGCUCAUAGCCUCAACUCGGUGAAGCACAGCUCCCUAGCCGAGACCGCCGGCACCCUGAGAAUUUCAACGUCUCCAGACUCACCGCCGGCUCUCAAUGUCUCUCCGGGUCUAGAUGAAGGGGAAUACGAGGACACUUUUAGCCCUAGCCCCCAGGACGCUAACUCUCAUUGUGGAGCGGGACGCCGAGACUCUGUUAAUCACGAGGAAGGUCUGAGGCUCAGUCGACGCCCCUCUACUUCCUCAACGUCCUCCAGGACUGGAACUCCGGUCAGAGGCCAGCCAGCGAACGCGCUCCGCGAGCUGUCCGACAGGCUUAUGAAGAGUAUAGAGCGGGACGCAGUCACCAUUUUCACCAAGUAUGUGUCUCCGGAUGCUUCUAGGCCCAUCCCGAUUACCGAGCAGAUCCGAAACGACAUUGUCGCUAAAAUCUGCGGAGAGGACGGUCAGGUGGACCCUAACUGCUUUGUUAUUGCCCAGUCAGUAGUGUUCACUAUUAUGGAGCAGCAGCACUUUAGCGAGUUCCUGAGGAGCCAUUAUUUUUGCAAGUACCAGAUCGAGGUGCUGACCAGCGGUUCGGUGUUCUUGGCAGACAUCUUGUUCUGCGAGUCCGCCCUGUUCUACUUCUCCGAGUACAUGGAGAAGGAGGAGGCAGUGAACAUCCUGCAGUUCUGGCUGGCUGCGGAUAACUUCCAAGUUCAGUUGGCUGCUAAAAAAGGACAAUACGAUGGACAGGAGGCACAAAAUGACGCCAUGAUCCUUUAUGAUAAAUAUUUUUCACUCCAAGCCACAAAUCCGUUGGGGUUUGGCGACUCGGUUCGGAUGGAGAUCGAGUCGAACAUCUGUCGAGAGGGCGGUCCUCUGCCCGACUGCUUCACCACUCCACUACGCCAGGCCUGGACCACCAUGGAGAAGGUCUACUUGCCAGGCUUCCUAUCCAGUGACCUGUACUACAAAUACUUGAGCGACCUCAUCAAUUCUGUACGGGCGGACGAGUUCGUGGUGGGAAACUCAACGACGUCGGGUCAGGGCGCGCCCAUGGACAACGAACGCAGCUCGGCCACCUCGGAAGGGUCGCAGGCCCAGGGCUCCAAAAAAGUGGCUGUGAAAAUCCUAAAGAACUUUGAUGAGGCGAUAACCGUGGACAUUGCCAGUCUGGACCCCGAGUCUCUGUAUCAGAGGCCGUACGCUGGAAGAAUGACCUUCGGCAAAGUCAACGAGCUGGGUCAGUUCAUACGGGAAGCCGAGCCAGAACCGGACGUCAAGAAAUCCAAGGGUUCAAUGUUUUCCCAAGCUAUGAAGAAAUGGGUGCAAGGAAACACAGACGAGGCUCAGGAGGAAAUGGCCUGGAAGAUUGCUAAGAUGAUAGUCAACGAUGUCAUGCAGCAGGGACAGCAGGAAAACCCACUACCAACAUCCAGUCAGCUCCAAAAACUAUGACUUUGUGUUCUGCCGAAGAGGGAAGACUAGCCCUGCUCCCAGCCUCCCAGCCUCCCUGCUGCCGUCAGAGCCAAAAAUCUGGAGAUAAAACUGCACACGGCAUUUCCCCAAUGGCGAGUUACGUAAUAAUGAAGCUAAAAACAAAGUGCUGCAGCUCCACAACCUCCUCUGAAGUCAUGUGUGUGUGUGUGUAUUUGUGUGUGUGUAUGAGAGAGAGAGAGAGA